AUGGGAUCAGCGGCCCCAGCGGCAAGCGCAUCUCCACAAAUUCCCCAUCAAUCCCAUGCCCUUCAGGACGAGAGCUUCGAGGCAGCUGAACUGGCCUUCAGACGCGUGGAUCCUGAGGUCAGUCGCCUGCCAGAGCGGAGCUGGACCCUGGCACCGCCCCGUGAGCUGUGGAUCUACCAACGGAUGAAGGCCUACGAUGCGGACGGGUGGGCAAGGCGCUUCGGAAGGAGCACUGGAGGUGAGAAGGGCGAGGUCGAGGUUGGCUCUGCGGCCACGUACCAUGAUGAUGGUGCAACUCAGCUCCCUCCCCUCAGUUGA